CACAACGCUCAGUCACAGGGAGUCGAUAAGAACAGAAACAGGAGCCUCCGUACAAGGUAGCAAGCCAAGUGAAAUGGGGAGCCAAUGCUGUAAAGGUAAUUCCCGAAAAUCAUCGGUGACGGAAAAUGCCGGAUCCACUUCCAGUCCAAAAAGUAAAUGUCCGAUCCCUGCUCAAAGGGAAGGAAAGCAGUCCGCAGAGACCCGUCCUGUUGAAAAACAUCCUUCUCCACGAAUUUCAUCGAAGGACGCUGAAAAAGAACCUGAAUCAGAUAUUGGACAACAAUCUCGGGUCGAUACUUCCGAUGUGAUUGUAAAUAUAGAUGGUGGAGAUCAACCGUUGACGUCCCAAGGAGAAAAGGCCGAAUUUUUCGAAAGGACCACCGAAGUGGAUGAAUACACUCUCCGAAAUCAGAAAAUGAACCUGGAUAUCAUACGCACAGGAGGAAGCGAAGAUACUGAGGCAAGAUUAUUUGACGCCUACACAGACCUAAUGAUUCAUGUCACAACACCUAUGUGGUUAUUUGUCGAACACAAUAAGAUAGAGGGGCAAGAUCACAAGCAAAACUUUGAAGUGGACUUCCAACAAUUGUUCAGAAGCAGUAACUCUAACACAGACAGAACAACCAUCACCGUGGUCUGUGGGUCUGCAGGGUCUGGGAAAAGCACCAUGAUACAGAAGAUAGUCCGUGACUGGGCCAGGAAUAAGAAAUAUGAACAGUUUAAAUUUGUCUUUCAUUUUAAGAUUCAGAACUUAACUGCAAUGAAAGACAAGACACAUUUAAAUAACUUGGUCCUUCACUCCUAUCCUUACUCGAAGGAUGAGCUGGAUCAUGUAUGGAAAGAACCCAGAAAUAUAUUGUUUAUAUUGGAUAAUUUCGACCAUUUAGAUGGAACAAUUAAUUUCUCCGAUAAUGAGAGAAACAGCGAUCCACCUCACCAAUGUUUCAUUCCCGAGUCUUCCAGCGAAGUUUCAGACAUCGUGCGCUGCCUCAUGCAGGGAGACUUGCUGAAAGGGUGCUCAGUGCUGGUCACAACCCGGCCGUGGAAACUACGGACGCUGCGUCAGACAACGAUAGAUUUAACUUUCCAAAUCAUGGGAUUCACCUCUGAAAGUGUAAAACAAUAUUUCCACAGUUAUUUCCGAGAUAAACAGUACGUGGGACGUGUUAUGAAUCUCAUUGAGAGGAAUGACAUAUUGCGCAGCAUGUGUCGUAACCCUUUAUUCUGCUCAGUCCUCGCCUCUUCACUGAAGUCACGCCAGGUGCAUGGAGAGGAACAGAGAGCAAGGUUCAGCAUCAACCUGACUCGUUUGUUCUCUGCCUACGUCACAGUACUUCUCAGGGAUAGCGGAUAUGAUGAAGAAACCUCCCGAAACGGUUUGCUUAAACUGGGUGAGCUGGCCCAUAAUGGAAUUUCUCGUAAUAUCUUUUCGUUUGAAACCGAUGUAUUGAGUGACCAGAAUUCCUUUCCCCCCAAUCUUACCUCUGGGUUUAUGAGUCAAGUUCCAGACAAGAAUACGCGCGGUGUUGUUUUCAAAUUCGCGCACUCUGCUGUGCAGGACUUUGUUGCUGCCCUAAUGAAAAGAAUGGGUACGCCAGGAAGAGCACUGAAAGGAUUGUUGAAUGAAACGUUCACGGCCGCUGAUGACCGAUUUAGUAUGUUCACGCGUUUUCUUGUUGGCCUUUCUUCACCGAAGUCAACAGAUCAGCUAGAGGGCAAACUGGGGAAAUUUCCUUGUGAAGCCAGCUCGUCUAUUUCCGAUUGGCUCAAAGAUAAUGUCAAAAGCAGACUGCAGAACUUGGAACAUGGGCACAACCAAACAAUAUUCUUAAACAUGCUGCACUGUUUUCUUGAAUAUGAAGAUAGAGAGCUGAUGACGGCCGCAUUGGCAUCGAUAAACAGAAUAAAAUUUAAUCAAUGUUCCCUUCAAUAUUCCGACUGCGUGGUUUUAUCGACCACUUUAAUAAACAUGGAACUGAUAGAAGAGCUCGAUCUCAGUUCAUGCGGGAUCAAGGCGGAAGGAUUACAGCUGUUGCAACCAAUGAUGCAUAAAUGUAAAGUACUCAGAGUCAGUGGAAAUGACCUGCGAGAUUCUGCAGUGAAGAUUUUCUCGAGCGUUCUGAAGGGAAAUGACUGUAAAGUACAAACUUUGGAUUUGAAAUCCACCCGGCUCACAGAUGCUUGCUUAAGUAGUCUGUUCUCAGCUCUCAGUGAAAAUUGUUCAUUGACGGAGCUGGACCUGAGUAACACCGUUCAGCACUGGGAAAACGCCAAUCGAUUCACCGAUCUUGUCCUGCGGGAAAUUACAGGUUGCAAAACUCAGCGGAAGGAAAUCAGAUGGGUUCGCAUUGGACGUGGACAUGACAUUUCAAAUUAUAACAGAGAAUCGAAAGGUAUAAUUGUAAAAACAGAUUGAAGAUCUGUUCGUCAAUGAGAUUUAUUUCAUAAAACACCAUCCAUGGGGCAGCAGGGAUAUUCGAUGGCUAACGAAUAAUAUGUCGACUUCUCAAGAAAUGGGAUUAUGAAUGGCAACUCAGAAAAUUAGCCUACGUAUAAUGUAGAAGUCAUGACAUUCUGUUUCAUGUGCUGUUUUAGGUUUUCUCACAUUGUUUAUCAGCUUUAUCUACAACUGUGAUCCUAUGUAUUCACCGUAAAAAUUUAGAGUGGAUGCAAUGCAAUAGUAAUACUCAUUAAUUAAAUGGAGAAAGUUCCAAAGAAAGGGAAGCAUGAACAUUUAU